CCCGACUAUAAAACCCCGCGGCCGCACGCAGGCGUGCCAAAUGGGCUGUCAGAUGCGAUUUGGAGUAACAAGUGGAUUUUGACGCUUCGGGUUUUUUUUCUCAUCAUCGCGCUUGGAAACACUCUCGAAUCAGAACCAUGGACUCAGAUACGAGCCGCGUGUCGAGCAGACCUUCCUCCCCCGAGGUGGACGACAUCUUCAUGGCCACGCUGAAAAAGUCCGUGCACGGCUUCUCCGGCGCCGUGUCCUCCACGCAGAGCGACUCUCCGCCGGAGCUCGCCGGCCUGCGCGGCCUCUCCGCCAGCGACGAGGAGUCCCUCGCCCUCCGGCUGGCCAAGAAAGACCGCAAGCUCCUGUCAGAGAACGAGCUGCAGUCGAUCCGCCUCAAGAUCAACAGCCGCGAGAGGAAAAGGAUGCACGACCUCAACGUGGCCAUGGACGGGCUGCGCGAGGUCAUGCCCUACGCGCACGGACCGUCGGUGCGCAAACUCUCCAAAAUCGCCACCCUGCUGCUGGCGAGAAACUACAUCCUGAUGCUGAGCAACUCGCUGGAGGAGAUGAAGCGGCUGGUCAGCGAAAUCUACGGCAGCAGCGGGCACCACGGCGGCUUCCACCCGUCAGCGUGCGGGACAAUGACACACGCGGGACCCGUGCCGGGGCACCCGGCGGUUUCCCACGCCUCGCACCCGGCGGUGCACCACCCGCUCCUCCCGCCUGCGGCCGUGUCCACCGCCUCGCUAUCCGCGCCCGGCAUCUCCGCCGUCACUUCAGUCAGACCCCACCACGGACUCCUCAAAGCGCCCACGCCUGGCGCGGGGCCUCUGGGCAGCAGUUUCCAGCACUGGGGCGUCAGCACCGGAAUGCCUUGUCCGUGCAGCAUGUGCCAAGUUCCGCCUCCGCAUGUGUCCAGCAUGAGCACCGUCACCAUGCCGAGGCUGGCCAGCGACUCCAAGUGACUCCAGACUAAGUGGAACUUUUUUUUUUUUUUUUUUCCGGGCUUUGUUACAGACUGUCCCCCCCUCCCGCACUGUCACGCUUUUAUUUUAUUUAUCUUUUGUUGCUGAAUCCGUGGCGUCCACGGAGCCAGUAAAGACUGUUGAUUUUCCUCGCUGGGACUUUGGGGUUUUUACGACUAACUUAGUGUUUUACGGUAAUUAAUCUCCCUUGUAACAGGUGUUUCUUCGCAGAGCUCCUUCAACGCAACAGGUUAUUACUGGAAAUGUUUGAUGGCCCCCACACUUAAUAUCUCUCUUUACAGAUCAAAUUGAAUCUCUGGUGAUUAGUUGAUUUCCGCUCUGUGGGCCUGUGGGGAGAAACGUCCCCAACACGAAUCAAACCACAGAUCUAGAUUGUAAAUAUGUAGAUGGAUUAUUCUGUUUAAAUAGAUAUUAUAUAUUAGAGUCUUGUCGAUGUGUGGGAAGACUCCCCCACCCCUCACAUGUUGCACCUGCUUCAUUCUGUCCAUCUUAUUCAACGCUUCUCUCCUUAUUUUCCUCCCCGGUAGAUUCAUUCAUCCUUCACCGCAAACAAUGACCACUUCUUUAUUUUUUUAAUUAAAAAAGAAAAGAAAAGAAAAUGAUAUUUAUUUACUUAUUUUGGACUGGAAAUUCAGCUGAUCAUGUUGGGGUUUGAAAUGUAAAAUAAAGAUGGUUAAUUGAAAAUGA